AAAGAGAGGAUGAAACGCAGGCAUGUUUUAGACCCGUGACGCUUGUGGUUGUCGUUUCACCUGUAAGCACGAGGUUUCCCUAACCAAACACACAGUAAUGGAGGUGGAAGGAAUGAUUCCAUAGCGAAAAACAAGAAAAUGGCGAAUCAAGAAAACUCUUUCACCGAUUUUCCGGAGGACAUUCAGGUGUGCAUCCUCUCCUUCCUCGCCCCAUCGGAAAUCGCCACCCUAGCCUGCACCUCCAAGCAAUUGGGUUCUCUCUGCGGCCGUGACUCUAAGCUGUGGUUCAGUAUGUGCCAGCGCAGGUGGGGUUCCAAGACUCGCAUCACGCAAUGGGGCAACGCCAAGGGCACAAUUUCCUACAGGCACCUCUACAAUACCCUCCACCACUGGGAGAAUUUCCUUGGUUUCUGGCGCCGAAGCGGAUUGAACCCUUUGUUGCUUUUCUUCGAAUGGGGUCCUUCGUUUAUCUCGGCUUCUAGGGUUUCCCCUUCCGAAUCGCUUGCCUAUGGAGUCACCAAAACGCCUUUUCUCUGGAUGAGUCUCUCGGAGGAGGGGGACGUCGUCACUUUUCUCGAUCCUGAUGGAAAGCCCGAUGGGGAACGUGGGCUUCAGAGUGAAUUGAUUGCUGUGGAUGUUAGUUUCAUGGGAAAGACACACUUUGUAGUGGAGGAGAAGCAGUUUAAGAGUUUUAUCAGUGAUGAUUGCGGAGAUGAGGUUGUAGAGAGCGGAUCGCCGCCGGAGAAACUGAAGGCGGAGAUUUACCAGCAUUUCGCUAAUCGGCGGAGUCCCGGUGGGGAUCGAUCCCGGAGACAGCGCCGCAGGGAGAAGGAGAGGCUCGCCAGACGGAAGUGGGAAUCUCAGCAUUUUGUCAAGAUUGUGAAUUGCUCGCCCACGCCGGAGAGACCCUUACAGGGCCUCUGGAAGGGAAUUUGUAACGACAGGAGUCUGGCAUUUUAUUUGGUUGGAUAUGAUGAUAUUGGAGGCAUCUCUUGUCGUCGGAUUGGAGAUCAUCCAAAAUAUGCCCCAUUUUUCUGGGUAUCAAAUGCUACAUUUUUGGAAUCUCCCUUUCCUCCUGAAGAAGAAUCAUUGUACGCUGGUCGUGUUCAUGUUAGACCACUUCAACCAGUCAAUGAAACACUUGAGCAGUUCCUUUUGUUAGAUGAUGAAGUGAUGAAUGGGAUUCAAGAGGUUCGGAUAUCAGAAAAUGUGACUGAAAUAAUGAUAUAAGCAGAACACUCUAAUAUGCAGUCAGAAAAUAUGUUAUAUUGAAAGAAUGUGGCUUUUCAUGAGAAUGCUUAAAAGUCCGCAAAUAAGAUUUUAUUUCGCAACCGUCAUAUAUCAUCAUACUUGGAUUCAGAGGGAGAAUUCUUCAUUGUUCCUUUGAGAGGGAAUGGAAGUUGGUUGCAUUUCUGUGCAAUAAUUGGGCAGGAAGCUGUGUAGAUGGAUAGUAGAAAACCAAAUUUGUGUAUUGUAACUUAUGUAUAUAAUAUCAAUAUCAAUUGGAAGUGCAUGAGAGUUUCAAGAAGUGCAGUAACAUGUACUUCUGAAUCA